AACGGAGUUCAAUGUUGUAUAGCGCUUGAUUCAUUUCACUGCGUGCCCUCUAGGGAUUGAUAAAGUUUAUUACUAAGGUUAUAAGACCAAGAUUUCACAUUGUCAUUUUAAAAGAAGCUAGAUGGAACCGACAUGUGUAAAGACGUCAGAACAUCGUUUGGAUGAUUGGUUAAUUAUUUUGAAGGAACAUCAUAUUUUAAAAUCUCUUGGACCAGAGAGAAAGGCGUUUGAAGAGAGUGUGGACCUUCCUGCCAUCCCUGAGAUGAUAUUUGACCAAAAUUCACUCUCAAUUUAUUUCUGUCAGUCGAAAGAUAUAGAAACUAAAGUAUGUAAAAUUGAUUUUAAUGCACUCGAUGCUCUUAAAUUGGUGGAUCCAAAGAACAUAACAGUCGAGGUACCUUUCGCAAAGGAUUGGCGAGAAUCCCGAUCUACUAACAACGAAGAGCUAGUAGCACAUAAACCAUAUGACUGGACAUUUACCACUCCUUAUACAGGAACAUUGUCUGGUAAGUUCCGCAUUAUUGGGAUGUUUAUUGUGAUGGAUACUUUUUAUAGAUUAAUUACGGUAUUAACUUGUAGCAAGUAUUCAGAUUGCAUAUCUGUAAAGUAUCCACGUGUAUGCAAUCCUAAAAUUUUUCGUGACCUCUUUGACCUUCACUUUCUUCCAAUCAAGUUCUGUUUCUGCUAGCCUGAGAUACUCAGGACCUUGGAGUGUGUCUCGUACAACUGAAGGUUUAGAUAUGGAGUACUUACGUCGGAAAGAUCCUAUUAAAUUUUUUGUCAAUACAACAUUGUACGAAGAUGAAUUAGGUGAUAAUGGAAUGUCUAUGUUAAAUGUAAAAUUUCGUGCAAUGUCCACCGGUUUCUUCUUGUUACAGCGUUUCUUUUUACGUGUUGAUGGUGGACUCUUACGAGUGUAUGACACACGAAUACAGUGGCGUCAAAGUGAUAGCUACUUACUUCGGGAUGUACGUCGGGUGGAAAGUUCAUCGUGGAAAUCAGAAAUGAAUGGAGUUAGUUUAGAAAUGGCAGAUCAAUUAUGUGACACAGUAAUUGAACACUAUACAGAAAAACUUGUACCAUUAAGUGUAAAUACAUCUUAGAAAAAAAAUACUUAUACUUAUUUUGUAUGACUAUUGUGAUUGAAAAGAAAUAAUAAAUUUAUGUAAAUAGCGA